CAACGACACAAGACGGAUGAGGGAGGUGAUUUGACGACGCUGAACGAGACGCAUGUACGGUGAGGGACGAGUGCGAGAAGCGCGCACGCGGUGAUGCUAGGACGUUAAAAGGCAAGGACCCCGGCCGUCUGUACCUAACACGAGGCUCACGCAGGUACACGUGGAUAGUCGACCGCACAUUGUGUAUCCGAUUCGGUGCGAAACGGACGCGGUCUCUCCUCCAUAUUGCUAAGACAACGUCUGAUAAAUAUUUUGCUAACGACCUUCGUGUAUCAACAUCACUGGAAUUAGGCAAGGAAUAGAAGUACCAAAGUUUUAUCCCAUACAAAAAUGGCACCUCCAAAAGUAUUACUUGGACAGAAUAGACAAAACAGCACUACAACUCUAAGAAAAGGAGUGACAACCAGGAGUCAAAAUGCUUUAUUAAAUAAUGUAGUAAAACAAUCUGUCAGCAGAGAUACUCGUAAGCGGAAGGCAGAAGCAUCACCACCUAAAGAAAAGACAGUCAAGAGAUCUGCCUUUACAAAUAUUACUAAUGCUAUUACAUCAUUGGGAGGACAAAAUCAUCUAACAAAAAAAAUGGUUACUCACGUAAAACCAAUUGUAGUAGACAAGCCUGCAGAUAUUAAUAUUGCAAAAGUUAUACCAGUGAAAUCGAAACCAUUGCCUCGUGUUAAACCCAUUAUUAAAAAAGACGAUAAAACGGAAAUUUCCAACAAAGUCAUAAAUAGACAUAGCACAGAUCUGGAGAAGUCAGAAGACAAUUCACUAUAUAUUAGUGCUUUGGAAGAUGUUACGGAUAGCCUAAAGAAAACUCGUAAAAGCAGCACUAAGAUUGAUGAAAACGAGAAAGAAAUCGAAAAGAAUGAAAUUAGUGAACCUAUGCCUUCUAUGAACAAGAAAAAAGCAUUAGCUAUUGAUUUAAUCACCGUACCUGCAAGAGAACUACCCAAAGACGUACAAUGGGACUUUGAUGUCGAAAAUUGGCUAGAUCCAUUCCAAGUAUCGCAAUAUGCAAUGGACAUUUUUGAAUAUUUAAAAGAACGAGAGCAUUUAUUUCGUAUUGCUGAUUAUAUGGAGCGACAAGUAUGCCUGUCUCGAUGGAUGAGAGCACUGCUGAUCGACUGGAUGGUCGAAGUGCAAGAAUCGUUUGAACUUAAUCACGAGACUCUCUAUUUGGCCGUGAAAUUGGUCGAUCUCUACCUGACAAAGGUGACGGUUGGCAAGGAAACUUUGCAGUUACUCGGCGCUGCGAGUCUUUUCAUAGCAAGUAAAUUUGAUGAAAGGAUACCACCAAUGGUAGAAGAUUUUUUGUACAUAUGUGAUGGCGCUUAUACACAGAGAGAACUCAUCAGGAUGGAAGCAAAUGUCUUAAGAGUAGUCAAUUUUGAUCUGGGAAUACCUCUUUCUUACAGAUUUCUUCGGCGUUAUGCCAGAUGUGCCAAGGUGUCUAUGCCAACGUUAACUUUGGCUCGAUAUAUAUUGGAAUAUUCGUUGAUGGAUUACUCGAUGAUCACGUUCAGUGAUAGCAAAGUCGCAGCAGCGGCACUGUUACUAGCAUUACUAAUGAAGGACCUGGGAGGAUGGACUCCAACAUUAGAAUACUAUAGUGGUUAUAAACUUGACGACAUAAGAGAUAUUUGCAAUCUUUUGAAUCAGUGUCUGCAUAAAAAACAUAAGGAUACUUUAAUGACGGUUCGCAACAAAUACAGCCAUAAGAUUUUCUUCGAAGUAGCAAAGCUGCCACUAAAAGAAACUUUAGAUAUAUAGCGCCAUGCUUUUACAUCUUGCGAGGUAAAUUUUCAAAUCAAUCUAGAUUUGUGACGCCGAAUUUUCAAUGUACAAAGGGAAUGGGAAGUAAUGCGCACGAUCAAAUUUGUCGAGAACGGAAAGAUGUAUUUUAAAAAGUAGAAAUUAAG